UGGAAUUUGAAGUGACAUAUAAACAAACACAGAGUUCCUAAACAAAACACAGCAACAACAAUAGCAGCAACUAUAGCGGCAGAUUGAAGAAACGUUCUUCUCGCUUCAUUCAUUCACUCAUAACAAUCCUCAAUGCCGAGUAAAAAGAACAAUAAAAGACAGCCAUUACCCAAAAUCGCUGAAGCUACGAGGAUUCGUUUAACAAGGGCUUUGGAAAAGUUUCAAGCUUCCAAUGAUGAUGAGUACAAGUUUGAACCUGGUUUGUCCAAUGUCGACCGUCGCUAUGUGCAUGUAUUAUCCCUAAAAAUGGGGUUUAAAUCUAAAAGUUCUGGGACUGGGAAUGAAAGGAGAUUGUCUGUUCGAAAAGUCACUAAGAAGUCUCAGAGUGAUAAUAAGUUAGAGAGUCUUCCCCAUUUCACAUUUUCGGAAGAGUCAAAAAGGGCAUUAGGCGAUUUAUUUGCUCAUUUUCCACCUGGUGAUGGAAACUUGAAGGAUAUGGUUGGAGAAAAUAGUGGCAAGACUCAUAACGCAAGACGUCAUACAGAUGAUAUUUUCAGCAGUCCCUCUAUGACCAAAGAUGAAAUUGCUCGGAGAUUGGAAAUAGUAGUUUCUAGAAGAGAGACUGUAUCUGGCUUGAAAGAGAUCACUGAGUUGAGAUCUAAGCUACCAAUUGCAUCUUACAAAGAUGAAAUUACAUCAACAGUUGACUCCCACCAGGUAGUUCUCAUUUCUGGUGAGACUGGUUGCGGAAAGACUACGCAGGUCCCACAAUAUAUUUUGGACCAUAUGUGGGGUAAGGGCGAGGUAUGCAAGAUACUUUGCACUCAGCCUCGGCGUAUCUCUGCAAUGUCAGUUUCUGAGAGAAUCUCUAAAGAGAGAGGAGAGCCUGCCGGAGAUAAUAUUGGAUACAAGAUACGCUUAGACAGCAAAGGUGGAAAGCAAUCAUCUAUUGUGCUAUGUACUACUGGAGUUCUAUUAAGAGUGUUGGUUUCUAAAGGUUCUGGUCCGUCAAAGAUGAAGCAUGUGAAGGACGGAAUUUCUAACAUCACUCACAUCAUUAUGGACGAAAUUCAUGAAAGGGACAGAUAUUCAGACUUCAUGUUAGCAAUACUCAGAGACAUGCUCCCUUCAUAUCCGCAUCUACGUCUGAUAUUAAUGAGUGCUACCAUUGAUACUGCAAGAUUUUCUCAAUAUUUUGGGGGCUGCCCAAUUAUCCAAGUUCCAGGGUUCACUUAUCCGGUCAAAACUUACUAUUUGGAGGAUGUACUUUUUGCUGUAAAACCAAGCAAUAAUGAUACUACCACACUUAGUAAUCCAACAAACAAUCACGAGAUAAGUGAAGACCAAAAGCUUUCUUUCGACGAAGCUAUUAAUUUGGCUUGGUCUAAUGAUGAGUGGGACCUACUGUUAGAGUUGGUUUCUUCCGAAGGAACCCCAGAACUAUUUAAUUACCAGCAUUCUUUAAGUGGCCUUACACCGUUAAUGGUGUUUGCCGGAAGAGGUAGAGUUUGUGAAAUGUGCAUGCUCUUAUCUAUUGGGGCAGAUUGCAAUUUAAGGGCCAAAGACGGAACAACUGCGCUAGAGAUUGCUGAAAGGGAAAACCAAGCAGAAGCUGCUGAAAUAAUAAAAAAACACAUGGAUGGUUCCAACUCCACGGAGGAGCAAAAUUUACUUGAUAAAUAUCUUGAAACAGUCCGAUCUGAAAUUGUUGACGUUGUUCUGAUAGAGAAGCUGAUAAGAAAAAUAUGUACUGAUUCAAAAGAUGGAGGCAUCCUUGUUUUUCUUCCAGGAUGGGAUGAUAUAAACAGAGCGCGUGAAAAAUUGCUUGCAUCCUCUUUUUUCAUGAAUCCAUCGAAAUUUGUGGUCAUAUCUCUGCAUUCAAUGGUUCCAAUUUUGGAGCAAAGGAAGGUUUUUACGCGCCCACCUCCUGGAUGCCGCAAAAUUGUUCUCUCAACCAAUAUUGCUGAAACAGCUGUCACCAUUGAUGAUAUAGUGUAUGUCAUAGACACUGGACGGAUGAAGGAAAAAAGUUACGAUCCUUAUAACAAUGUGUCAACUCUUGAAUCAUCUUGGAUUUCAAAAGCAAGUGCCAAGCAACGAGAGGGACGUGCUGGCCGUUGUCAACCUGGAAUUUGUUAUCAUUUGUAUUCGAAGCUUCGAGCAGCUGCGUUGCCAGACUUUCGGACUCCAGAAAUUAAGAGAAUGCCUAUUGAGGAGAUAUGUCUGCAGGUAAAGGUGCUUGAUCCAAGCUGCAAAAUAGAAGAGUUUCUUGCCAAGACAUUAGAUCCACCGGUUUCUGAAUCCAUACGUAAUGCUAUUGUAGUCCUUCGUGAUAUUGGGGCAUUGUCACCCGAUGGAACACUUACUGAUCUUGGAGAGAAGCUUGGUUCUCUCCCUGUUCACCCAGUGAUCAGCAGGAUGCUGUUUUUUGCUAUCUUAAUGAACUGCCUUGACCCAGCUUUAACUCUAGCAUGCGCAUCUGAUUAUAAAGAUCCAUUUACAAUUCCAAUGUUAACCGAAGACAAGAAGAGAGCCGAAGACGCCAAAUCUGAGCUUGCUUCGUUAUAUGGGGGAUUUGGUGAUCAGUUUGCUGUACUAGCUGCAUAUGAAUGUUGGAAAAAUUCAAAGGAAAUGGGUCUAGAAGCGCGGUUUUGUUCGCAGUAUUAUGUGUCUGGAGGUGCCAUGAAGAUGUUAUCUGGCAUGCGUAAGCAGCUCCAAACGGAACUUAUCCGAAUUGGGUUUAUUCAUUCAGAUGAUAUUUCAAGUUACAGCAUGAAUGCGUAUGACCCUGGUGUGCUGCACGCGGUUUUGGUUGCUGGUAUGUAUCCAAUGAUUGGGAGAUUAUGUUUUCCAAGUAAAGGUGCAAAAAGGGCUUUGAUUGAAACUGCAAGUGGCGAUAAAGUUCGCGUGCACAAUCGUUCCAUAAAUUUUAAGUUGUCAUUCAAGAAAAAUUUAGGCCACACUUUAGUUGUGUUUGAUGAGAUUACUCGCGGUGAUAUGGGUGUAAACAUAAGGAACUGCAGUCUUAUUGGACCACUUCCAAUCUUGCUUCUUUCAACCGAGAUUUCUGUUGCUCCAGGAGAAGAGAAUGAUCAGAAGAAGGAGGAGGAGGAUGACGACGAUGAUGAUGAAGGGAGUGAAGAUGAAGCUGGAGGUGAUGAUGCGAUGGAGUUGGAUACCAAAUCCAGUGGAAACAACCAGGAUCAGUUCAUGUCUAACCCUGAUAGCACAGUUAGAAUAAUCGUGGACCGUUGGCUUUAUUUUGGUUCAAAAGCAAUUGAUGUUUCUCUGUUAUAUUGCUUGAGAGAGCGUUUAUCAGCUGCAAUUUUAUACAAAGUAUCAUAUCCAAGGAGUCCUCUUCCUCCCAUCCUAGCAGCCUCUAUGCAUGCUGUAGCUUGCGUUCUAUCUUGUGAUGGGUGUUCUGGCAGGACAGUGGUGGCCGAUGGCGUGGACAAACUGACCACUAUGGUAAAUGCAACAAAUCUAGGGAAGCCACCAACACGGCCACAGCCACAUACAUUGACACAGCCUCAGCCGCAGCCACAACCACGUACAUCGACACAGCUCCAGCCACAGCCAACAUGGACACAUCCCCACAUACAACAUUAUGGUAAUGGGCCAAAAGGAUCCUCUGCAGAGUUUAUAAAUCAUGGUGGAUACCAGAACUUUGGACCUUCUAGUGCCAGCACAUCUAUGCCAAAGACAUUUGAAAUCCAAGCAGGAUCAGUUCCUAACCUCUCCACCAUUUCACUUGAUAAUGGUUUAAUGGAAGUUAAUGAUAUAUUAUUAUUUCUUAUUAUGUUUAGUGGUAACAGUGAACUUCUAGUUACUAGAAAACAUGUAACAUGCGUUGCAUUGAGCUUAUAUAGUGCCAAUUGUGACGGUGACAAAUUAGACAGUGUUUAUUUAUUUAGUUUAUAUACAGAACACAAAUCUUAAAAUUUCAGUUUUAUAAUUGCCCUAUCGUUCAAACA